UUUUGAGUUCUGCCAUCAGCUGAGUGCAUAAGUUGCCAAAUCGGAACUAAGAUCAAGUGAUCAACCCGCAACAAAAGUGAGUUGCCUGUCUGGAUUUUUUAAGAUCCAGUGUGGAAUCUUAAGUUGCCUGUCUGGUCUUUAAGCUGCUGAGCAUAAGAAUUUGCAGAAGCAUAAAUAAUGACUUCACAAACAGAAACAAGCCUCCGUUUUGUCACCUGGAACAUCCGUGGUUUAAAAGGCCCAGGGAAGCUUUCAAAGUUGUUGGAAACCCUCAGCAACCUUCAGGCUGAUAUUGUCUUUUUACAAGAGACACAUGUUGAGCCAGAUUAUGACCUGAAAAAGAAAGUGGAAGAUGAGACUGAAAAAACAUGGACGGUCUUCUAUACUGUCCACCACCCAGCCAGCAAAGGAGUUGCAAUACUGAUAAAAAACACCAUACCUUUUGAGUACAAACGCCAUGAUGAGGACUGUAGUGGAGGUUACAUUGUGCUCUUCUGUCAUCUUCAUGGUGAACUGUUCACUCUCGUUAAUGUGUACAAUCAUAAGCAUGACAGAACUGUCUUGGGUAGAUUGAAAGAAUAUUUGAUGGAAACAGCUGAGGGUGUGCUGGUGGUUGGAGGUGAUUUCAACACAGUUUUACAUCCCUGCUUUGAUCGGAGACCUUCAGCUUUCAAUCCGAAUAAUUCACAGUUGAAAUGUUUAUUAGAAGACUUCAUUGUUUCACUGAAUCUCAGAGACACCUGGUCAUACUUGCACGCUGCUGAUGAAGGUUUUACACGAAGUCAGGGUGAGAGGCAAUCCAGGAUAGACAUGUUUUUUAUGCACAGUGACAUAGUGGGACGAGUGCGCAGUAUCACAGUAGAGCAUGAUGAAAUUUCUGAUCAUAAUCCAGUUCUCCUGGAAGUUGAAGUGCAGCAACAGAUAGGAAAUACAUUUCCUAGCCCCGAGAGGAUCUCAGGGGAGAUUAGUGGGGCAGAAAUCCUGAGUGUCAUCAAGAGUUUGCCUGACUCACAAGAACAAAGACCUGAUCAAAGGCAAGUGGGCUACUACAAACAUUGUCAGUGGCAAAUGACAGAAAUCUUAAAGACAAAGUAUAACAUCAUGUUAAGGACAAAUUGUGUAUUUAAAGAAUAUCAUCUUUCAAAAGACAGAUUCAUCUUCAAUGUAGAAUAUUUGAUAUUCUCUCAGAUUUUGGCCAAGCGCCUUAGUGCAUACAUUUUCCCUUAUAACAAGAAAAAGCAAGAAACUAAUCUUGAUAAAUUUCUCACUGUGACAUUCAAGAAAGGCACACAAAAAAUCAAAUGGUCUUUCCUUGAGACAAGCCUUGAACUGGAAGAAGACUUGAGAAGGAAAAUUUUCGGCUCUACCCCACAAGCAAACGUCUGUAUUCUGAGAUGGCUUCUGCCAGAAGACCAAGACUCUUCAGGGGAACUCAGACUUUUACUGCCUGGCUGUCCACUCACCCGCACUCUCCUUAAUUUAGCUCUGAAUAAGCUAGAUUGGAUUCUCAAUAGUGAGGAGGAGUGCAGGAGCAGUGUUUGUUUUCAGAGACAGGCUUUGCUCAUACAUGCACACCAGAGCAAAAAAGAGGAAGUUCCUCGGCUAGUUGAAGAUUUUGAGGGAGAUUCAGGAUUGAAAUUUGAAAUAAACUUUGUAGAAUAGACUGAGAUUAUUAAAGUGCCCUGUUGUAUGUGACAGACAAAUUACGUACAUUCAUGAACUUGCUGUGGUAGGAUUACAAAAUAUCAAGACACAAGCAAGACAAACUAUAUAAUUUUAUAUUGUCAUGCUGAUUUUAAAACACUUUUUAUUGAUGUACAGAGCUACCUUGCUUGUAAAUAUUUAGAGAAUUUUUAAAGUUAUCUUAAAAUAUUAUGUAUCAGACAGGUUCUUUACAGCAUCUGCAUUACAAAUUGUGAAACAACUUCUCUGUCAGAGGUGCAUUUAUUUUUUCAUGCCUGGCUAAAAAUGUAUAUAACACUGACUUUUUAUCUUUAAUUGUGAUUGCUCUUUGGCUAUAUUGAUUGUCCUUUUGCUCUUAUUUAAAGCAUUUCUUUAUUAUUGUAUUGACUACUGAUUGUAAAUAUGUUUAAUGUAAUUUCUGAAGUGUGGUCCAUUUUAAAGUGAUGAUAUCAUACAUCCAUAUGGUCAUUUCUAUUGGACAUUAAAAGAAAGUAAUUUGUAAUGCACUUCAUUUCAGAAAAUCUUAGAGGUCUUCUGUUGGUCUCUUCAGGAGUGACCAAUAUACCAGCACCCAUUAGUAGCACUACCAUCACUGGAGCCACAAUUAAAAUGGAAUCAGUAAAAUAUAAAGGGUUUCAGACGCUAUCUACACUUACUUAUGUUAAGAUGCACUUCAUGAGCUGGGAUUAUUGGAGUAAUCUGUACGAUGUAGAGAUAUAUUUGUAUGCUUAAAUUGUAUUUCUAUUGAAAAUGUUUUAAUGUUUAACAAGAUAUAACUCAUGUUUCAAUUUCUUGUCCAGUUUUGCCAAUUUAUUAUAGCACUGGUACAGUGCUUUUUAUCUGACUGCAAUCAUUAUAGAUAUAUAAACAGCAGGGUUCAGCCUUUGUCUUGUCUAAUGCUACAUUCAGAUGCAGUCAUGUUUAUUGUAAUGAUGAGGAUAGUGUAUUUGGGAA